AUGACGGCCCCAACAAACACCACAACCGCAACCUCAUCACCCGCGACAUCAAACCCACAAUACCAGAACCAGCAGGUCUACGAAUCCGGCCUCGAAGUAGCCGAGCCAAACGCCUGGAACCGCACAAACAACGACAUCCACCUGCCCGAGGUAUCCCCCUACAACCACUCGGAAGCCAAAACCACAACCUUCCCCGAGGUCGCGGACGAUCCGCUAUCGUGGCACCACUACCACAAGCAGAAUCCCAACCUCGAGGUCUCGUCGUCGCCGUCCGUCGCCUCCGCGGCGCCGUAUUACUAUGCAGGCGCCGCGGGCCAGCAGCAUCCGCCCGGGUAUCACAAGCCGCCGCCCGGGUCGCCGGGGUACGGGUCCGGAUCUCUCGACGGAGAUGGCUCAGGGAAGGGCAAGAAGGCCACGGUGUGCGGGAUGCGUAGGAAGGUGUGCUACGUCGUCAUGGGCGUCGCCAUUGUCCUCGUCGUGGCUGCCAUCGCCGUCGGUCUUGGGGUAGGGUUGGCGACGAAGAAGAGCGGGAACAAGUCUUCGUCAGGCAACUCCACAACAACACCAGCAACAUCAACCGCAAACGCAACAAUCACCUGCCCCGCCGCAGACAACGUGACCUACAGCUCCCCCGACGCCCCAAAACGCACCUUCCGCAUGAUCUGCGGCCACGACUUCAACUCGGCCGACGGCGCCACCGACCUCACCUCGGAAAACGCAACCACCAUGGCCGCCUGCAUCGACCUCUGCGCGUCCAAGGGCGACGACUGCGUCGGGGCCGGGUGGGGCGAUUACUACGGCAACCACGUCUGCUGGAUGAAGAGCAAGCUGGGGACGAUGAACGUAUCCGGGAAUUGGUAUUUCGCUGUGGAUGUGAAUAAGACGAGCGCGGCGGCGUGA